CUACCUUACUAUACCCCGGUGUCUUACAGUUAAUGGUUUCGCCAUACCAGAAUUGGAAUUUCCAAUAUGCGCAACCUACGCAACAUCCGAUAUAAUGCGUGGAUUUCGUCAACUGAUUUGAAUGGUGAGGCCAUUACAUCAACAUGCUGGGACCCUGCCAAAGAUGAAGUCUUAUGUACUUUCGGCCCGAGCGACCAAGAUGGGCGCAUACGUCUAGUGAGAAUCUCUGAACAUGUGAGGGCCUCUUCAAUAGACAUUGAGUGUCAAGAGGUUGCAUCAUGGGACGCUCCAAGUCCAAAUCCAGAUUUGGCUGUUGAUAGAAUCAUAAGUUCGCAUCAUUUCAGCGAUACUCUCACAACAUGCCUAGUCCUAGAAGGCGGCGACAUAGUUGUCGUUCAGGAGUCAGAAGGCUUGGGCCCUCAGGAUGGCGUCCAUAUCGAGAUUAUGGGCUCCAUAGACGAGGGUAUCACCGCCGCAAGCUGGUCUCCAGAUGAAGAGCUGCUAGCUAUAACCACCAAAGCGAACACAGCUGUCUUCAUGAGUCGUGGUUUUGAUGGUAUAACCAACAUGACUUUGACUGCCGAUGAUCUCAAAGAAUCAAAACAUGUCUCUGUCGGCUGGGGUAAGAAGGAAACACAAUUCCAGGGCAGGGGUGCCAAAGCUCUACGAGACCCUACGAUACCAGAGAAAGUAGAUCAAGGCGUACUUAGCCCCAACGACGAUGGCAACACCAUCAUCAGCUGGAGAGGCGAUGGCGCAUACGUCGCUAUUAACUCCAUCGAGACGGACAUUCGUCGAGUCAUUCGAGUCUAUUCUCGAGAUGGUGUCCUUGAUAGCGUAAGUGAACCUGUUGAUGGUAUGGAGGGCGCCUUGAGCUGGAGGCCCGCUGGCAAUUUAAUGGCUGGUAUCCAACGCCUCGAAGACCGUGUUGAUGUUAUUUUCUUCGAGAGAAAUGGACUUAGACAUGGUCAAUUCUCUUUGAGAGCCCCUGAAACCAGAUCGCUCGCAAAGGAUCGAAUACGGCUCGAGUGGAACUCAGAUUCCACCGUCUUGGCCGUCACUCUUGAUGACCGAAUACAACUCUGGACUAUGGGUAAUUAUCACUGGUAUCUGAAACAAGAGAUCCUUACGCAGAAGCGACCACAUUCACUUACGUGGCAUCCCGAGAAGCCAUUACGCUUCACAUCUGCAUUACCAGGUAAGCUAUUACUUGCAGAGUACAUAUUCGAGAUAACUCGUGGGUCACUCACCCCACCUUACGACCACGGGGCUGUUGCCGUUGUCGACGGCAAGACACUCAAACUCACCCCCUUUCGAACUGCCAAUGUCCCUCCUCCGAUGUCAUUGUUCGAACUUCAAAUAUCGUCUCCAAUAGUCGAUGUGGCAUUCUCUCCUGCAAAUACAUUCAUGGCCGUUCUCCAUCAACUUGGUGUGGAUGUUUACGAAUGGAAGGUCAAGGGACAGCGCCCCAUACUUCCAUCUCUGGUUGGUAGUGUGCCCUUCACUAGGGACAACACAGACAAGGAUCAUACGCCCUUGCAAGUUGCCGUUACUGAGAACAGUGUUGUUCACUGUCUAGGAUUUGAUGAAGCGCCAGUAAUCCAAUCGCAUUCUUUUGAUCGAACAACUGGUGAAUUCUCAUCCAACACGAGUAUCUAUGCUGGUUCGAUGUUCGGUUUUGUGCGUCUAACUCAAUCUGGAUCUACCGAUGUCCUUGUCCAGGACUGUUUAGGCAGACUUCACGGCGUCGUUAAUCAAGAGGAUGAGCUGUAUUCAACCCGCCUUCCGGUUCAGCUUCCAUGGAGCGAAGUCAUCGAUCUAGCCGGCAACGUUAUUGCAAUUGGACUGUCUAGGAAUGGUCAUUUAUAUGCCAAUUCUCGUUUAUUGCUUAAGAAUUGUACAUCAUUCUUGGUCACACCGGCUCAUCUCAUAAUCACCACAACCAAUCAUCUAGUCAAGUUCAUCCACUUAGUCGACGUUGAUAAUUUAGAGGUACCACCAGAUGACCCUGAAAAUGACGAGAGGUGCCGAAAUAUCGAGAGAGGCGCACGACUUGUAACGGCAACACCCACAAACAUGAGCCUUGUUCUCCAGAUGCCACGUGGAAACCUAGAAACAAUAUACCCCAGAGCUAUGGUUGUGGCUGGUAUAAGACAACUGAUUGAUGCCAAAGACUACGGGAAGGCGUACUCGUAUUGUCGGACGCAACGGGUAGACAUGAAUAUUCUCUACGACCAUAGACCACAACAGUUCUUAGGGAACGUUGGGCUCUUCCUUGAUCAACUUAACGAUGCCUCAUAUAUUGAUCUCUUCCUUUCCUCGUUACGUGAUGAGGAUGUUACACAAACGAUGUACAAAGAUACCAAGGGUGUGCGGAACCAAGAAGCACCAGAAAUUGCCUCUGGUGAAGUCGCUGCUAGUUUUUCAGAAGGUUAUUCGAAGGUCAACACGAUUUGUGAUGCAGUGCUAUUUCAUCUCCAAUCUAGCAAACACAAGGACCAUGACACCCUACAGAAUAUCAUUACAGCCAAUGUCUGUAAAGUCCCACCGGCGUAUGAGGAUGGUCUACUAGUUGUUGCCACCUUAUUGCAAGAAGACGAACAACUUGCCGAGAAGGCUGUUGAACAUAUCUGCUUUCUCGCGGAUGUUAACACAUUGUAUGAUGAAGCUUUAGGUCUUUAUCAUCUAGACCUAGCUCUAUUAGUCGCGCAACAGUCACAGAGAGAUCCCCGAGAAUAUCUCCCAUUCAUCCAAAACCUACAUCAAUUACCCGAAUUAAGACGGAAGUUCGCCAUUGACGACCAUCUUGGUCGGCACGAGAAAGCCUUGGCCCACCUACAAACCCUCCAGGCGCAUAAAGAAGCUCAAGACUAUACGGCUAGGCACACACUUUAUGCUAGAGCCUUGAAGCUAUACCGUUAUGAUCAACCCAACCUUACUGCACUCACUGGUCUCUACGCGACAUACCUCGAGUCCAAGUCCCGGUUCCGAGAAGCAGGACUCACCCACGAGUCCCUCCACGACUACGCAGCAGCGACCCGGUGCUACCGCGCUGCUGGCGCCACUUGCUGGCGCGAGUGUCUCUUCACAGCGCAACAGCAAACCCCUGCGCUCGCGCCAGACGCCCUCACCGACCUCGCCUCCGCCCUUGCCGAAGCGCUCUUCGAAGCCAAGGACUACGCCUCCGCCGCGACCAUCCACCUCGACUACCUCGGCUCGCUCGAGACCGCCAUCUUCAACCUAUGCAAAGGGUACCACUUCGCCGACGCCAUGCGCCUCGCCGCCCUACACAAACGUCCCGAAUUACUAGCCUCGGCCGUGGACCCGGGGCUCGCGGACGCACUAGGCAACACGACCGAGUUCUUCGCCGACUGCAAAGCGCAGCUCCGCGCCCAAGUCCCGCGGAUCGCGGAGCUCCGCCGCAAGGCCGCCGAGGACCCUCUCGGCUUCUAUGAGGGCGAGCGCGGGGGCGGCGGCGCCGACCUGCCGGACGACGUGUCCGUCGCGGCGAGCUCGCGCGUGAGCACGAGCGCGAGCCUGUUCACGCGGUAUACGGGCAAGCAGGGCAGCGUCGGCACGGCGGGCACGGGCGUCAGCCGCGCGACGAGCAAGAACCGCAAGCGCGAGGAGAAGAAGCGGGCUAGGGGUCGCAAGGGCACCGUGUACGAGGAGGAGUACCUGGUGAAUAGCGUGCGGAGGCUCGUCGAGCGCGUCGAGGGGACUAAGGCGGAUGUCGAGAGGUUGGUUUUCGGGCUUACGCGGCGGGGUAUGCAUGAGCGUGCGAGAGCGCUCGAGAGUUUGGCGGCGGAGGUCGUGGAGGCGUGUAGGGUUUCUGUUAAGGAGGUCUUUGUGGGGAAUGGGGAGAAGGGUGGUUCGGGCUCUGAGGAGGAAAGGAGAGGUAAUGUAGAGGAUGGGGAAGGCGAGUGGAGGCCUAUGGGCGCUGAUGCGGUGCUUCUCGAGAACCUUGAGGCUGCAUGGAGAAAGCAAGAGCCCCCUAAGAUUACGGGGAUGGAGAGGUUGUCGUUGUUGGGCUCGUAGGCAGUGGUGGUGGGAGAUAGGUGAAUGGGAGGGCAAUAGAGAAGAUAUACGGUUAGAUAAAAUCAGGGGAUCGCAUGUGAUGUGCGCCUAUGUGGGCAUGAAUUUACACCUGCCGAGUGUUAAUGGAGGUCAUGCUUAACGU